AUGGCAGCUAAUGGGACUACGACUGUCCGCGACGGCGACAGUGACAACGUCACUUUACCGACAAAUUAUCAAAUAAGCACACAAGCAAUUAAGUCGGUUGAUGAAUUGUUGGCAAAAGAUGCAGAUGACGAAAGCUUACGCAAAUACAAAGAGCAGCUGCUUGGAUCGGCAGCUCAUGGGGAUCGAGGAGAUACAACUGAUGGUCGUCGCGUGGUGGUGGUCGAGUUUAAGGUCGAACUUGAAGAUGGACAAGGGGACAUUGUGUACAAUUUGGACACUCCAGCUGGAGUUGAGCACAUGCGUACGACACCUUUUGUCAUGAGUGAAGGAUGUCGUUAUCGCUUCAUCAUUUCCUUCCGUGUAAACCAUACGAUUGUUAGUGGUUUACGCUUCCACAAUAAAGUGAAAAAGACAGUACUAGCGACGCACGAUGCAAUUGUGUUGGGAUCUUACGCCCCGCGAUCGGAAAGCUACGUGUUUACUUUCCCUCGUUAUGAGUGGAUGGAAGCGCCAUCAGGACUUUUUUAUCGUGGCAAAUAUAUGGGUAGGAUUAUCUUUGAUGACGAUGACCGUAUGGAACACCUCAAAUUGUUCUAUACUUUCGAGAUCAAACGUGAGUGA